AUGAAGAUGGCCGUUACAGAUAAGGCAUCUGCGACAAGCAGCGAUGUUAAUAUCCGGGGCGCGGCUUCGUCCUUAUCUUCUAAAGUCAUGAACGGUUCUUCUCACACCGAAACUUCGCCUCCUACGGGUGAGGCUAGCGAAGUACCCAAAGGGAAAAGGAGGAGCAAGUAUCGGCAUGUGGCAGCCUACCACUCGAAGUUGCAACACUCAAGCUUAAGUCGAGAAUCCAAUGUUCCGACUAGCUUCCUCGGGUUUCGAAACCUGAUGGUGAUUGUCCUGGUGGCGAUGAAUCUCCGAUUGAUUAUUGAGAAUUCUAUGAAAUAUGGUGUCCUCAUCUGCAUUAGAUGCCAUGACUACCGGAAACAAGAUGUCGUCCUUGGCUCAAUGCUCUUUGUCAUGGUUCCUUGUCAGCUGUUUAUCGCAUACAUACUCGAAUUGGCUGUAGCAGGGCGGGUGAAAGAAACUGUUGGCCGAAAGAAGAAAGACAAAUCAGCGGAGGAGGGUGAACGUGAACAACGCGAAUUCCGGACGAUUUGGCGGUUCGCCCUAUCAUUUCAUAUCCUCAAUACCUUGCUGAAUCUGGCGGUGACGAGCUAUGUCGUUUAUUAUUACAUCCAUCAUCCAGGGAUCGGGACGCUCUGCGAAGUUCAUGCCAUCAUUGUAGCGCUCAAAAAUUGGUCCUAUGCGUUCACCAAUCGCGAUCUCCGCGAGGCGAUGCUUAAUCCAUCCGCCGAGUCCGCCCUUCCGGAGAUCUACUCUUCAUGCCCUUAUCCACGGAAUAUCACGCUUGGGAACUUGGUGUACUUUUGGUUGGCACCUACGCUGGUUUACCAACCGGUUUAUCCCAGGUCACCCGCAAUCCGAUGGUCGUUUGUGGGCAAGCGCAUGUUCGAGUUUAUAAGCUUGUCUAUAUUCAUCUGGCUUCUCUCGGCCCAGUACGCUGCUCCCGUCCUGCGAAAUUCCAUUGACAAGAUCGCUGUCAUGGACAUUACUUCCAUUUUUGAGCGCGUGAUGAAGCUAUCUACCAUCUCCCUUAUUAUUUGGCUCGCUGGGUUUUUCGCUCUUUUCCAGUCAUUCUUGAAUGCCUUGGCUGAAGUGCUGCGGUUUGGAGACCGAGAGUUCUAUCUCGACUGGUGGAACAGCUCCAGUCUUGGAAUGUACUGGCGAUCUUGGAACAGGCCUGUCUAUCUCUUCAUGAAGAGGCAUGUGUAUUCGCCUCUCAUUGGGCGGGGAUACAGUCCUUUGACGGCAAGCACUGUUGUCUUUCUAGUUUCGGCUCUUUUGCACGAGCUGCUUGUGGGGAUCCCUACGCAUAAUAUGAUAGGCGUCGCCCUCGUAGGAAUGUUGUUCCAGCUGCCGCUGAUCGCCGUCACUGCCCCAUUAGAAAAGAUGAAAGAUCCCUCGGGGAGAGUGCUUGGGAACUCAAUAUUUUGGGUUAGCUUUUGCGUGGUUGGACAGCCGUUGGGGGCACUGCUGUAUUUCUUUGCUUGGCAGGCGAAUGCCGUCAUCGGCGUCGCGCUUGGAGCCAUCCCUGUGCUCAGCUUUAUCCAUGGAUUUGUGGUGACAGGCAUUCGCAAGGAAGCCAAGGUCCCCUACCCUCACACCUAUGCGACUAUUGAACAGUGCAAGUCGAAUGCUAAAGCCGAACAAUUCAAUUGCGCUCAGCGCGCACACGCCAACUUCCUCGAAAAUGCUCCCCAGACCAUGCUCUUUACUCUCGUUGCAGGUCUGAAAUACCCCCAGCUGGCUACGGCUCUUGGCGCCGCCUGGCUCGUGGCUCGCUCGCUCUUCUUGUACGGCUACGUGUACUCGGGCAAGUCGCAGGGUAAGGGAAGGUUCCUUGGAGGAUUUUUCUGGUUGGUGCAGGGUGCUCUGUGGGGGCUGAGUGUAUUCGGCGUUGGAAGGGAUCUAAUCUCUCUCUGA